GAUCCAUUUUAUAGCCACGAAUCUUUUAGUUCAAUAGAUUUUAGGGUUUUCUUCUUCUUUUUGAGCUUCAUCCUUCUUCAAGCCGCGGCUAUACAAACCUACUUCUCACCUCCAUCACUUUUCUCUUCCACACGACACUAGAGAGAGUUUGAGCUAUGGCGGGUACCGUAGAAAUCGACGCUGAGAUUCAGCAGCAGCUGACCAACGAGGUCAAGCUCUUCAACCGUUGGAGCUUUGAUGACGUUUCGGUCACAGACAUUAGUCUAGUUGACUACAUUGGUGUUCAGCCUUCGAAACACGCGACCUAUGUCCCCCACACUGCUGGAAGAUACUCUGUGAAGAGGUUCAGGAAGGCUCAGUGCCCAAUCGUUGAGAGGCUCACGAACUCUCUCAUGAUGCACGGAAGGAACAACGGUAAGAAGCUGAUGGCCGUCAGGAUCAUCAAGCACGCCAUGGAGAUCAUCCAUCUCUUGUCUGACCAGAACCCGAUUCAGGUUAUCAUUGAUGCCAUUGUUAACAGUGGUCCGAGAGAAGAUGCUACCAGGAUUGGAUCUGCUGGUGUGGUUAGGAGGCAGGCCGUUGAUAUCUCUCCUCUAAGACGUGUGAACCAAGCAAUCUUCUUGAUCACCACUGGUGCACGUGAGGCUGCGUUUAGAAACGUCAAGACAAUCGCUGAGUGCCUUGCUGAUGAACUCAUCAAUGCUGCCAAGGGAUCUUCCAACAGCUAUGCUAUCAAGAAGAAAGAUGAGAUUGAGCGUGUUGCCAAGGCCAAUCGUUAAGGGAUCUUCCUUUGCCCUGAGUUUGCAUUAUAUCUCCAAAGACAUUUUUUUUGUGCUGUUUUCGUUAGCUUUGGAUAUGUUUCAGAAAAUUUCUCUACCUUUAAUCAAGUUUUGACGCUUUAUCGACUUGGGAUCUUUGAUCAAACGGUUUCAUAUUUAAGAAUAUUUCAUCUUUAUAUUUCUAAUUAGAAAGCUGAUACAUUAAAGUGAUAUGGUUUCCAUCUUCAAUGGUUCUUAACUCCAAAUUAAAUAUUCCGAUUUUCUGC